AUUUUGGUGAAUUGUUUGGGAAGUAAAACCAAAAAGAGAGUGAUGGAGCAAAAGGGACUCCAUAAAUCAUGAGUGUGAUGAGUCUUCUUCCUCCUCUUGCCGUUCCUAAACUGAAAACUCAAAUUCAUACUCCAAACCUUGCACUUGGAGAUAGGGUCCUACCUAAUCUCCUCUCUCUAGCCCUUGCAGCAACCUUAGCCUCUCCUUUUCCUUCUCAUGCAAUCCCAUCUCUCUCUUCUCAAUCCCCUCCACUCUCCCUCACCACUCCUUUCUCUCAAUCCAAGAACUUGGACCUUGGACUAGAAAAUGGAAAAAUUAGACCUUGUCCAUCAAUCAAUCCAGGUUGUAUAUCAACAAAUCCAAAGUCAUCAUCUUUUUCUUUUCCUUGGCUGAUUCCUGAAAAUUCCUUGGAUGAUGCUAUUCAGAAACUACGUGAAGCAAUCCUAAAGACCCAGAAAAAUGUGAAGUUCCAGCCUGUGGAAAAUACCCCAGAUGGUCAAUAUCUUCAAGCUGAAGUUGAUGGAGGAUUUGGUAGAGAUGUUGUUGAGUUUCUGGUGAAAGGUGAUGUGGUUGCUUACAGAUGUGUGGCAAUGAAAGUAACUUAUGUGUACCCUUUCACUACUGCAUUUGGAGAUUCAAAGGGUCAAGAAGCAAGACUGAAACAAAUUAGUGACCAGUUGGGAUGGUAUGCUCCAAGUUUUGAUUCCAUGGAAUAAUUUUCUUUUCAUGUUUAUUUGCUUUAGUUCUUUCAUUAGUGUCAAGCAGAGAGUGCCUUCAUUCUUAUAUUUUGCCUAUUAUGUUCAACAGUCUUGGACUCACCAUGGUAGAAUUUUAUUUUUAUCAAUCAUUCA